AUGACUUAUUACCUACAACCUAAGAGCCAACAUUAUGAUUCGCUUGAUGUUGAGAGUCAUAAAACUAUGACUAUGCCAGGGCAUUCCCAUCUCAGGAAUUCAAUGGAGUGAGCCGAUAUUGAUGGAGCAGCCCCUGCUAAGAUCCCAGGCUAUACAGGGUCUAAAUCAUACAGAAAGUUAACAAAAUAAUGGAUCUAUGCCUAACUUUGGUCCAACUAAAACUGAAAUUGAUAGCCAGUGGCAGAAGAGUUUUAAAGAGUCAGAGUUAUUUAAUCCUUCAUCAUAUAAAUAUGAUUUUAACAAAAUAAGCUUUGAAAAUCCACAUGGAAUGGUCCCUCAAACGACAGAUGCUCGAAUUUUACCCUCUCAAGCAUAUUACUCAUCAAGGUCAACUAAAAGGAUGAUCAAAUAAACCUCAAAAGUCUAAAAAGGAUCUUGAUGACACCUUUGCAAGGCUAGAAGAGGACCUAGCCCUUAAGAAUGAAGAGACAUUAAAAGAGGAUGCUGCAAAAUUUUAUUUGCAAACUCCGAUAGAGCAAAAGCCACAGAUUUCUCAAGAUAGAUAUCAGAAUAUGAGCCCACCAGGGCCUGCUGGGGUUCAACCUCAGAAUCAACCUUCUCACAAGGAGCCUUCUAAAGAGGUUGCCUUAAGUCAUUCAAAGGCCAGCAUUCCGUCAUACCCAAACCUUGAUGCACAGAGUAUCGGAGCAAUGUAUUCAGAGCAAGCUUAUAAGCCAAAGCUUGACCAAGGAUACGAAGAGGGAAGAGACUUCUAUGAGAACCUUCACCUUAGAAGAAGCAAAGGUCUUGCUCCAGCCACUAAAAUAGCAUCUGAGCAUUUUGAAGUAGAAAGUCAUAUUUUUAAUAGAAAUAAUAACGAGUAUGGAAAAUAUGUUAAUCCCGCUACUAUGGUCAACACUAAUCGUCACGAGAUCCACAAAAGUAGAAGACAGUAUAAUCCUCUCACUAACGAAGCAUCUAAUUUUUAG